AGUGCCUCUUUACCCUCAAUAAAACAUCCGACAGUCAUCUUAUCCGAAAAGAAAAAAUAUGGCAGCCCCCAUGAUAAACAGUCUUACUGCAAACUUUUCAAGGCUUGGAGUAGCAGCUAGGACAGCCUCCAGCUCACUACAGCUAAACCGAUGUCUGAGGACCCAGGCCCACCCUCUACUCUUCCUGACAACUGACCAUCUCCAGAAGAAAGGACAACACCCGCAUAUGAAUAAGAGAUUGGGCAAAAAGAAAAAACAGCUUGAAAAAUUGCUAGCCAAGAUGGACAAAAGAGCCCAACUAAUCAAAGCUCCCAUCAAAGAACGCAUUAUUGACAUGAAACUUGAAAAAGAGGCAGUCAAAAUUAGAAAACGAGAACUGUCAGUCCCACCUGAAGAAAGGGAGAAGGAAAUGAAAAAAUUCUCGCACGAAUGGAAAGUGUACUGCAGAGAUUUUAUAACACAAGAAAUACAUACGGUACAAAAGCGGUUAUUAUCACAACAAAAGGCUCUGGGGGAAUUACGGAAGGAGUCGGAGGAACUUUAUCAGAAGGCCAUUGCUAUUGAUGAAGAUUUGUACAAUUUUUCGGUGAAGAGACUUACGGAUACACCAGCCAUCCCAGGGUUCCAACCUAUUGAUGGAGAGUACACUGAUGUUACCAUUAAAUAUGACUGACCGAUGGCUUGGCUGAUGAUCAAGAAACAUUUAUAACAACUUAUGUCCAGUUGAGACCGACUGAUGGUUUUGCUGAUAUUAUAAAGAAACUUUUAUAACAACUAAUAUCUUGUUGAGACUGACCACUGGCUUGGCUGCCAUAUAUUUUUUUUUUUUAUUUGAGACUGACCGAUGGUUUUGCUGCCAUAUAAAGAAACAUUUUUAACAACUAAUGUCCAGUUAAGACUGACCGACAGGUUGGCUACUACACGACGGAACAUUUGUGAUGUCUUAAGUUCAGCUAUUGGGGGGCAGCCCCAGUCUCUUUUAACUCAUGUCCAACAGAUUCUUCAGAUUAUAUAGCUCCGUCACAUGUCUUUGCAGUAAAACCUGGUUAUACUUCCAUUAUUUGUCCAGAAAAAAUGUCAUUAUAAAGGUGUUUGGCAAAAUAAAUUGAAGGAAAUACUUGAAAUAAUUCAAGAAAACGUAAAGAAGACAGGUUUAUUAAUACAAUGAAUAUUUAAGUACAUAACAUACUUUACGUAGUUAUUCCAUGUGACGGGUGAAGUUAACACUAGGCAUGUGACGGGUGAAGUUAACACUAGGCAUGUGACAGGUGAAGUUAACACUAGGCAUGUGACUGGUGAAGUUAACACUAGGCAAAUUUGGAUUUACUGGUGAAUGGCGGAAAGUUUGACCGAACAAAGGUUGCUGGAAUAAAGUACAUUUCGAAGGACAUAAACAGGAAUCAUUAACAACAAAGGACAUAGACAGGAAUCAUUAAC